UCACCCAGGCUGCGGGCGACGCGGCUGCUGAGUUCCCGGUUCGGUGCUGGGAACGUCUGUGGGUGCGGGCGCCUUCACCAUGGCUCGGGGCUGGACUAGACUACGGUCUCUCCGGAUACCUGCGUCCUUGGAACCUCUCUAGUGCCGGAGUUCGGGCCGCAGGCGGGAGAGCAGACCCUCUGCAUGGAUCCCUGGGAAGUCCCUGCACAAGGCUGGACCAUGCUCCUCGUUAACAUCUGUCUGUCCCCGUAGUGUCGCCUCGUCAUUUCACUGUGGGGCAGGGCCUUUUGGAACCCUAGAAAGAGGAAGCAUCUGGACCCGUCUUUACGAUGGCUUCACGACACCCAGACAUGCCCGCCCUGGAGCCCAGCGGGCCUCUAGGCAAGAUGUCCCUGCCCAUCGGGAUGUACCGCCGGGCAUUCAGCUACGACGAUGCCCUCGAGGACCCCUCGCCCAUGACUCCUCCUCCAUCGGACAUGGGCAGCAUCCCCUGGAAGCCCGUCAUUCCAGAGCGCAAGUAUCAGCACCUCGCCAAGGUGGAGGAAGGAGAGGCCCGUGCGUCAACCCCUGCCGUGGCUCUGUCGGCGUCCGUGGAGAGUGUGGACAAGGCGCCAGUGGUGAAGGCCAAGGCCACCCAUGUCAUCCUGAGUUCCCUGAUCACAAAGCAGACCCAGGAAAGCAUUGAGCGCUUCGAGCAGCAGGCAGGGCUGCGGGAUGCCGGCUACACGCCGCACAAAGGCCUCACCACCGAGGAGAACAAGCACCUGCGCGUGGCGGAAGCACUCCAGAAGCUGAAGCUGCAGAGUGGAGAGACCAUCAAGGCAGAGAGGCAGCCUGCGUCGGUCCCGUCCAGCCCGAGCAACAGCCCCCUCCCCUCCCCGAAGCAGGGGCCCAGAGGCUGGUUUGCUUCCGGCUCCUCCACAGCCUUACCUGGCUCAAAUCUUAGCACCAUGGAUCCUGGCGCUGGGGACAAGGACAGGAGCUCAGCCGAGAAGUGGAGCCUCUUCGGGCCGAGACCCCUCCAGAAGUCUGAUUCCGGAAGUUUUGCCGUCCAGGCCUACAGAGGAGCCCAGAAGCCCUCGCCCAUGGAAGUGAUGCGUGCUCAGGCCACCCGGAUGGCUGAAGACCCCGCGACCUUCAAGCCACCCACGAUGGACAUCCCAGGGACGCAGGGGAAGAAGGCGCCACCUCUGCCGCGGACACAUCACCUCAAACCCCGGGAGCUGAACGUGCUUACCCCCACCGGCUUCUAGAGCUUCCUGAGCGGGGCCUCCUGCACCCCACCCCCUGACCUCAGCUGACAUAGGAAAGGCACACUCCACACAUCCCCCUACUUGGAGCUGGAGACAGCCGGCUCUGGAGCAGCGCCAGCAAAGCCCGUGCUUGCCGGCUGGAAGAGGCUGUUUUGUCCUGCUGUGAGGUUACUUGGUCUCGGCAGCCACACGUGGAGCCCCCUGCCACCCCUCAACCUGGAUUUGUGUCACUGACCCCAGGCCUGAGCCUGCCCAUCGUGCCCUGGGUAACGGUGUUCGUGCUGUUCCAGCCGCCAGGCUCGGCUCAGCCUGCGCCCUGACUGGUCACAGCGUGGCGGUCACAGCGUGGUGGCGCUCAGGGCCCAGCGGGGCUGCUGUUGCUGGGCUCCUGCUGGGCCCAGGAGGGACCUGGGCUCCUGCACAGCUGGUACGACUGGAGGCCACGUUUAGCAGUUUCUACACACAGGGGUCUCCUCGCUGCCCCGAGGCCUGGUGAGCUGGUGCGGCUGGAGGCACGCUUGGCGUAGACGUUCAGAACAAACACUAGUCCUGUGGAUCUUUGCUUGCCCUUUAGAGCGACAUAAAUCUAACUCCAGUCGGAUGGAAAACCAAGGGGGAAGCGGAUGGCAGCCCUGCAGUUAACAGGAGUUUGGCGAUCUGUCUCGGGCUCAGGCGGGACGCGUGUGGCCUCGUGUUGAUGUCAUGAUGCAGGUCAGGGCCCGACCCUGUGGGGGUGAGAGCGCUGAAGGAGUCACUUAUUCUCUAACGAGCGUUUCUCACCAACACCACACGCGUUAGCGCUCACGGUGCGCUCGGACAGCUGCUUGACUGGGGGCGUCGCACGGUCCUGUAGGAGAGACCCUGGCGCUCCGACCACCAGGACAGUUCAUUUCUUUGUUGCUUCUGUUAGCUCUCUCAUUUUGACAAUAAAAGCCCUUCCUCCUCUGUGAGAUGUGGGUGCCGGCCCGUUGGUCCGGCCGCCCCCUCUGCCUGCCCACCCUCACAGAACCUCUGCGGGGGAACUUGGGAUUUUGAAAAAGCCUGCCUUUUUAUUGUGCUCUUUCCACAUCACACGCUUUGUUUCACACUGGAGCCUUCUCUCCCCAACCCCCUUCCUUGUCGACGGGCCGCAGAGCCAGCUCCACAGGCAGCUUACCAGGUCUGAUGCAGAAUGUCCAUUCUGCUGGGGAAAGAUAGCUCUUUUCUAGAAGUGGGCGGCAGGACCUUGAAUGACGCAACGUUGAUAUAUAUCAUGUCUGUUGGGCAAAGGGGGUCUCUUCUCACAUCUUGAGUGGCAGCAUUAAAACAUACCGUGCA